AUGGCGAGCGCCGCAGUCGCAACUCAACCAUCGCAACAACACCUUGGGGCUGGCCCGACUUCUCGCACCUCGUCGCCUAUGGACAAUAAGAAAGCCACAUUGAAGCAAGAAGUUGCCAAAUCCUCACCGUUGCAGACGAAACCAUCACUACCAGAGAUUCAACAAUCAUCGCUGGCCGAAGAACCUAAACCUGUCGUUCAAGCAUCUGAGCCUCUCGCACCGCCACCGCGACCUGCGCCCACCACUCAAGCAGAAACACCUGAUUAUUUCUCCGCUUUGCACAACAACGGAAGCGGCAUUGGGCAAGAAUUCAAUCCAUUUGAACAAUCAUUCGGUGCGCCCUCGACAGAGACGCCGGGUAAGAACCUGCUGCCCCCUGUUGCGGCGCUCACGUCACCUGCCAUCCCUGGCACCAGCUCAACUGGAGGUUACAACUGGCAAAGUUCUCUUCGGUCCGGGCCUUUGAGCCCUGCUAUGUUGGCUGGUCCGCAGCAAGGCGAUUACUUUGACAGUAUCGGCCGUGGCUUCCCUACACCCAACGAGUCAUCCCUACGGACUGGCUUGACUCCUGGUGGUGGCGUGUCAAUGUUCCCAGCCCCCAGCCCAAACUCGCAAGCACUCUUCAACUCAUUACAGAGUGGUGGCGCUACCCCGGGUACACUUGACUUUCAUCGCACGGCAAUGAACGCCGCCGCAAGAAACAAGAACAACCAAUUCGCCAAUACUUCCAACCCCCAAGACAAUUCAAGUAGCAACAUGGACGCUGCACAUGACGCCACAGACGCUGCUAACGGCUUGUUCAUGUUGGCAAAAGGAGGACAGACUAACAACCAAUUCCCCGUUCCCAACCAAGUCCCCGUCCAAAAUGCGCCAGAUCCGAAGCGGAACGGCACCGAUGCAGGUGAAAGUCCCGAGAGCCAUGAGGAAAGCAAGCCCGCGACUCGCGGUGGCCGGAGUAAGAAAGCAGCCACCAAGACUGAGUCCACGAACAACCGAAGAAAGUCAGAAGCUAGUGCUAAAGGCAGUAACAAGCGGUCGAAGGGUAACUCAGGGGCUGCUAUUGUCGACCCAGCCCUUGAGCCUCACGAUGACGACGAUGAUGACGACGACAGCGAAGAGGGUGAAGAUAAUGAUAAGCCGACGCAACAUCCCAACGGCAAGAAGAUGACUGACGAAGAGAAGCGGAGGAAUUUCCUCGAGCGUAAUCGAGUUGCUGCUUUGAAAUGUCGCCAGAGAAAGAAACAGUGGCUGGCAAACCUCCAAGCCAAAGUGGAAAUGUACUCUGCCGAGAAUGACAGUCUCAACACACAAGUUGCCCAGCUUCAUGACGAAAUCCGGAACCUCCGCACAUUGCUCUUGGGUCAUAAAGAUUGUCCUGUUGGCCACGCGCAAGGCGUUGCUCAAUUCCUAGGCGGCAUUCAAGACCCCAAUGCGUUCGGCAAUCAGCAUGUUAACCCUUAUGGCAUGGCCUUGCCCAACGGUGCACCGAUGCAACCUGGAAUGCAGCGAAGCUGA